GGAGUGGUGGAGUUGUGCUGGGGUGGAGGCUGUGGGCUUUGGUGCGCUUUGCUGGAGGUGAGGGACUCUCCAGCAUAGUUCUUAGAAGUGAAAGCAGAGUCAGCCAUAAUGACUCACUGCUCAACAUAAAGGCUUACAGAUUGCUGCUGCUCCAGAUACAACUCCAUCUGCACCCUGAAGUACAGUCCACUUCUGUUACAGCUCGUCUGUUCCUGAGCCAAACAUACCUAAGGGGUCAGUACUUGGUGCUUCUUUGAGGAUCCAGUUGAUGUAGGCACGUUCCAAAAGAUAUGUUUAUGCACAGAUGGACUAAACCGUUCACUGUUAAAUCUACAGUUUAUUGAGAUAUGCCAUUACUACCUCCUUCUGGAUGACCAAUGUGUAUUUUAACUGAUUGUAACAGAAACUAAUUCUCCGACUUCCCAUUCAUUCCAGCUGGUAACAACACUUACAAUGCAAAAAAAAUCACGAUUCAGGAUCCCACAAACAUUACUCUUAAAACUUUCUAGAUGAUUGUCAUUGCUUUGGUUGUGUUCUGUGCUAGCAGAAACCUUUUUCAAGGUUUACUGUUGACUCUAGAGCACCACAUUCCCUGUUUACUGGAAGCAGUGAGGGCUGGCAAUAUGGGAAACUCAUGUGUUUGCCACGAUGACAGUGGAGCAGAAGACAACGUGGAAUCUCGGAGUUGGCAAACGGAGAACAGUAGAGUAUAUGUACCUGAAGCUAGAAGCCACCCAAGGGACCCUGUCCGUCCACCCAGGAGAGGUCGAGGGCCUCAUGAGCCAAGAAGGAAAAAGCAGAACGUGGAUGGGCUAGUACUUGACACACUGGCUGUAAUUCGGACGUUAGUAGAUAAUGACCAGGAGCCUCCUUAUUCAAUGAUCACGUUGCAUGAAAUGGCAGAAACAGAUGAAGGCUGGUUGGAAGUGGUCCAGUCUUUAAUUAGAGUUAUUCCAUUAGAAGAUCCCUUGGGACCAGCUGUUAUAACACUGCUGCUUGAUGAAUGUCCACUGCCAACAAAAGAUGCAUUACAGAGGUUAACUGAAAUAUUAAACUUAAGUGGAGCUGCUGCUUGCCAGGAUGCUUGUCACCCUGCCAGACACCGGAAUACAACAGCCGUGCUGGGCUGCUUAGCAGAGAAGUUAGCAGGUCCUGCAAGCAUAGGCUUACUCAGCCCAGGCGUAUUGGAAUAUUUACUUCAGAGCCUGAACUUCCAGUCCCAUCCGACAGUGAUGCUUUUUGCACUAAUAGCACUGGAGAAGUUUGCACAAACAAGUGAAAAUAAAAUGACAGUUUCUCAGUCAUGUAUUAGCGACCAACUGAUCUUGCUCGAGAAAUGGGCAGAUAAUCCAGACUACUUAAAACGCCAGGUUGGGUUCUGUGCCCAGUGGAGCUUAGACAAUCUGUUUUUAAAAGAAGGCAGGCAGUUUACAUAUGAGAAGGUUGACUUGACCAGCAUUAGGGCUAUGCUGAACAGUAAUGAUGUCAGUGAAUACCUGAAGAUCUCUCCACAUGGAUUAGAGGCUCGAUGUGAUGCCUCAUCCUUUGAAAGCGUUAGAUGUACAUUCUGCGUUGAUUCUGGAGUUUGGUACUAUGAAGUUACAGUUAUUACUUCAGGAGUGAUGCAGAUAGGAUGGGCUACCAGAGACAGCAAAUUUCUCAAUCAUGAAGGUUAUGGCAUUGGGGACGAUGAAUACUCCUGUGCCUACGAUGGCUGCCGGCAGCUGAUUUGGUAUAAUGCCAGAAGUAAACCACAUUCCCAUCCCUGUUGGAAAGAAGGAGACACAAUAGGAUUUCUACUAGACUUGCACGAAAAGCAAAUGAUCUUCUAUUUAAAUGGAAACCAGCUUCCUGCUGAGAACCAAGUAUUUUCAUCUGCUAUAUCUGGCUUUUUUGCCGCAGCUAGUUUCAUGUCCUAUCAACAAUGCGAGUUCAACUUCGGGGCAAAACCUUUCAAGUACCCACCAUCAAUGAAGUUUAGUACCUUUAAUGAUUAUGCCUUUCUGACAGCAGAAGAGAAGAUUAUUUUGCCCAGACACAGGCGUCUGGCCUUGUUGAAGCAAGUCAGUAUCCGAGAGAACUGCUGCACACUUUGCUGUGAUGAGGUAGCAGACACAGAACUCAGGCCGUGUGGACACAGUGAUUUGUGUAUGGAGUGUGCCUUGCAGCUGGAGACCUGCCCAUUGUGUCGACAGGAGAUACAAACCCGAGUCAGACAGAUCUCUCACAUAUCAUGACACACGUGGAGAAAUACCACAGACUUGUUUUCAAUUAACUCAAACCAAUGCUGAAAGGGGAAAGAAUCUGACCACUCUUUACACGCAUAAAACCAUAGCCACUGCCAGAUUUCAUGCUAACCUGUUAUCUGUUAAUUUUAAAAAUGAAAUCUUUAAUAAGCUAUUUCAAGUUGCCAGCAAUGGGAACUGAUCUCAAGAAUAAGGAGAGUUGGUAGGUCAGUGUGCCGUGGCUUUUGGUUCCUCCAAGCAAGACCAUAGGAGAGUGUCUCUCUUCUUCCCCCUUCUUGCCUGUCACAAGUGCUGGAAAAAUUUGCACUGGAAGUACACAUACAAUGCAUUUUAGAAAAGAAGAGCAAAUAAUUAUCUCCUAAACCAGGGCUGUUAUGUGUUGUGCUCGAAAGUCUAUUUUUGGCAGAAGUCAGUACUAAAAAGAAUGCCAAUGUUUUCCUGUUCAGUGUAGCCUCCUGCUGGUCAGAGACUGUAUCUUCCAACAGUGGAUAUUAAACUGCUCAAAGACUUCAUCCAUACACAGAGUGAUUUGAAAAGACAUUGUGGAGACCAGAGAAAAACUCACAUUUUAAUAACCUGGUGAUUCCAAAGAAUGUUGUAAUUUGUCUUUAAACGUUAAGAGUUUGUUGGUAUUUUCAGGUUUCUGAUACUUUUAACUUCAGUACCCACAUUUUUUUGUAAGGAUAUAAUUUUCAGGAGGUAUUCUUAACUAAUUGUAACAUUGGGCUGGAAUUAAUUUGAUAUUCUGGGUAUUUUUUAAGAUAUCAUCAAACAUCUUUUUUUAAUCAGUGUUGGUUUAUAAAGUUAUAUUCACUUUGGAAAUACUGAGCUAUCUUACAAGAUUAGAGGAGAAUUUGGGGCCAGUUUAUUUUAAAAAAUGUUAUUUGGACAGGAAGUUGGAUCUUACUCUGUAACUCUUUAAAAAUGCACCUUGCUUGCCAUGUGUCAGCCCUGCUCUGAGCAUGUUUGGGGCCACACUUCAAGUUUUUGAUAGGGAUCACCCGCUGGGAAUCUCUGCUCCAGUUCAGUUACACACUUGUGACAGUGACAUGUUAAGAAUGCAUUUCAGCAGGCAGCUCUUAAGUGUUUUACUAGGUUCCUAGAAGGAAUUGGGGUUCACAGCUGGUGUCAGUGAUGUAACACAAAACCUGGUGGAGUUAAGCUUCUUGGCAGUGAUUCAACAGCAGAGUAUGUGACAGUGAAUUCUCAUGCUGUGAUGUAUCUUAUCUUUAAAAUCACUCAUCUUUAUUGUACUGUCAAGUAGUAACACAGCAGAGCUGAGGCUGCUUCUUCCUCUUGAGUACUUUUGCAUCCUACUAACUUAAAUAGGAGCAAAGAGGUCUGCACACAGGUACCAGUCGAGCUCUCUGUUUCACCUGCUGCCUUUGCUAAUGCAAGGGUGCUGAAUUUCAUCCAGAAAUACACAUUAGGAACAAAAAGAAAAAAAAAGGAAAAAAGUGUUUCUCUUAAACCUCUGGAGUACAAUAUGUGAAUUAGGACAGUUCCAUCCAUCAUUUUUUCUUGUUGACUUUUUUCCAAAUAUAGACUGAAUCCAAAACUGGAGUGCUGGGUAGUCUUUUUGCAAAAAUGAGAAUUCUGCCUAGAAAUGCCUGUUUUGAUUAGUCAGACUGUCAAAAUCUGUGCUGCAGGGACCUUAUUUCCUUGCUGACUGUACUUUACAAGGGUUUGCUGUAAACCAUAUUGUCAGCCAGGGCUAAGUCCCUCCCUGCUCGCUGCUGAAUGCACAAAUGUGAAAACCAUCACUGCCAUGAGGAUGCUAGGAUUUCAGAACCACUUGAAGUUUUUCAGUGCUUCCAAAUGCAAUGAUAGGUUUUUAUACCUAAGGUACGAAGAUACAAACCAUGCUUUAGGGAAGAAGUGGGACAGACCUGUUUUGAACUCUGCCUUAAUUGAUUUUAGGAACUUCAGGACUUUGAUUUCCCUGGCCAGGAUUAACUGAGGUAAAAUUUUCAGAAGCACAGAAGUGCCUAGGACUCCACAUUCCAAUCAACUGCUGUAUGAGAUUAAGCAUUUAAGGCCCAGGUCCACAAUGGCUUCUAGAUAUCUGGUGUCCCCUUGAAAUGGAAGUGACUGAAGAGCCUUGCUGCCUCUGUGGACACGGGACUAAGUGCCUACAUUCUUUGUUGGAAAGAUGUGAAUGCUUUGAAAAUUUUGCCCCAGAUCGUCUUCCGUGUGGCUGGUGCUGGGCAGAGAAAGACAGUGAAGAUGGAGGAGGGAGCUGUGUCCCAGAGAACUGUCCUGUUCAUUUCACUAAUGGAAAGAUUGCACCACUCAGCUGGCUUUCUGCUGGAAUUCACUAUGGGAGUGUCUUUGUAAAGCUCGAUCCUCCACCACUGCUGCACUCUCCCCCUCCGUCCCGCGCGCUCCAAAAGCUCUGGGACUGGGAGGGUAGGUGGUGACUGUAGGCGCUCAGGAAGGGAAAGAAAUUGUGGUGAAGUCGUCCAUUCAACAAUAAAGUCGUGAAAGCCA